AUGAUCGCUUCGCACCUCGUUGCUGCUGUGGCGGUGUCAUUCUUCGCUUGCUCUGCACUUGCACACCCCGCCACCGCCAGAGCCGAGAUCAUCCCCGUAAACGUCACCGUCCACUCCGUCGAGCCUUUUCAACACAGGCUCGAGAAGCGAUAUUUCAAGUCCAAGUCGUGGGACCCGCCAUACGUUGGACAUCCACCACCCUGGCCGUCUCAAGAGGACGCGGCAUUCCCGAUCCCUGAAUUCAACCGCAGCUGCUUCACCGACGCCCGGGUCGCGCUGUGGAAGUGGCGGUACCUCUGCGACCGGGCCAACGACGAGUCCCUCAAGACGACGAACCCGCGCACCCGGAUCCAGUUCUGCUUCAACCCGCCGCCCUCGGCCGACCUGUGCUGCGACGCCGACGGUAACGCCCAACGCGGCCAGACCUGCCUCACGUCCCCGCUGUGGCCGCAGACGGACCAGGAAGCCGCCUGGUGCGGCACCUGCCGCUUGUACGAAGGCCCCUGCGUCUUCGGCGAGUACCCGGAGAUUAACAACCCGGAGAACGUGUGCAAGUGCCAGUUCGACAAGUGCUACCUCCCCAACGACUUCAACCCGGACCGCAUCAACCCGGAGACAGACCGUAGCGGAUACCCGGGCCUGAAGAAGGCCACGUACGUCCGCGACGUCAAGGUCUGGUACUCUUACUUUUCGCUCCCCAAGGAUGGAAUCACCGACGAGGAUCUGGAGCAGAGUGAUUGGUUGUGA